AUGGCCAAAAGAAAGAGAGGUCUUCUUGUGCUUUGCUGUAAUUUGUUUUCAGUUCUUCUUUUCCUUCUUGCAGAAGUAUUGCAUUUUUCGGAGCGUGUUGUGGCUGCUGGUUCACCCGUCAAGUUUCUUCCAGGAUUUAAGGGGCCGCUUCCAUUUGAACUUGAAACUGGCCUUCUCUUUGAAAUAGGUCCAAUAACAUUUGAGCCUGUGGAGUAUGGUGACUUUAAGCCAGCGGAAUAUAAUAGUAGCUUUCCGUCAUUGGUCUUGAAUCCUCAUACAUGGAAAAAGGUCGCAAGCUUUAUAUUCUUAGAUCUUCCAGUUUGUACUGGAUUUUCCUAUGCAAGAACUUCAGCUGCUCGGCAAUCAGAUGAUAUGCAAGCUAGUGAUCAUGCAUAUCAAUUUCUUCACAAGUGGUUCAAUGGUCACCCAGAAUUCUUAAGAAAUUCAUUUUAUAUGGCUGGGGACUCCUAUUCUGGAUUAGGCGUACCAAUCGUUUCUCAACUUAUAGCAAAUGGAAAUGCGAAGGGACUUGAGCCAUUUAUUAAUCUUAAGGGAUAUUUACUGGGAAAUCCAUUGACAUAUCGUGGUGACUACAAUCAAGGGAUCCUAUAUGCUCAUGGAAUGGGACUUAUUUCUGAUGAACUUUUUGAGGUUCGCAUUGUAUAA